CCACAACAAUGUUCGAGCGUGUAUAUAAUACAUAUUAAUACAUAUUGUACGUACCGUGAAUGUACAGGACAUGUUACUGUGUGUGCGGUUACUAUAGCAACCAGUGAACACGAAGCCGCUAGAGGACAACAUGUCGGCAAAAGUGAAAGAGAGGGAAGAUGAGGACUUUAAAGAGGAGGCAAGGGUGUCUUCCGUCUUCUCCUCUGCUGAAGCGUUCAGAGAAGAACCGUCAGACAACAUUCCAGAGACAGUAGACGACUUUCUCAGGAACUUCCUGCGGAGACUUGGCAUGAGUCGGACUCUGGACUCGUUUGAGGCGGAAUGGUACGGCUUCGCCCACAAAGUCCUGACGGGUCCCUUAAUCACCGCACCUGCGGCGCCGGGCGUCCUCGUCCUGCCCGACGCCGCCACACACCAGCGGCUGCUCCGCUCCGAACUGGACAAGGUCCUCGGCGAGACCAACGCCUUGAAAGAGGAAGUGUUGUCCGCGGGGGACAAGCUGGUGAGGGUGCAGCGGGACCGGGACCUGCACCUUCUGCACCACCGCCGCUUCGUGGACGACAAAAAGCGUCUGCUGGAGGACAUCAAGCGGCUGAAGAAGCGUCUGGAGUCCUACGAGCCGGCGCUGAGACUUCUGGACGACAAGUACCAAGCCACCAUGAGGCAGAAGAUGCUGCUCAGCCUGGAGAGCCAACGAGUUCUGAACGCCUCAGAGCCACCGAGUCGGGACAGAACCAAGUCGGAAAAGACGAGCGACCUUUGGCGGAGCAGCAUCAGACACCAGAGCCCCCCUGAGGCGCCUGUCUGCCAGAACCUUCCACUCACGCAUGAACAACAUCAACCCAGAGAAGACAAAGCAAUUUCAAACUUCAAGCUGUUCUGCUCCAUCAAAGCUCACGCUCUUCCUAUCAGCUGCAUCAGUCUCCAUCCUCACAGGAACUUCCUGGCCUCUGCUGGUGAUGACUGCAGCUGGAAACUGUGGGCGCUGCCCACCAGCACAGAAAAGGUGGGCCAGUUGGUGCUGACAGGUGAGGGACACUCUGAUUGGCUGUCAGGCUGCAGCUUCCACCCAGGAGGAAGUAAACUGGCAACCACCAGCGGUGACACCACAGUGAGACUGUGGGACUUUUCCUGUGGACGUUGUGUGUUGACGUUGUCAGGCCACAGCAAUCCCACCUGGGGCUGCUCCUUCCACUCGUGCGGUCACCUCCUGGCCUCCUGCUCCUCCGAUAAAACUGCCAAGCUGUGGGACCUGAACAGCCAGAGCUGCCGCCUCACCAUGCGCCGCCACAGCGCCUCCGUCAACAGCGUCUGCUUCCAGCGCGCGUCCAACUCUGUCCUCACGUCCUCGGCGGACAGGACGCUGGGCCUGUGGGACAUCAGGCUGGGAGUGUGCGCCGCCUCCUUCCACGGACACCAGCAUCCCUGCAACCACGCGGUCUUCGGCCUUGGCCGGGAAGUCGUGGCUUCCUGCGACACGCGUGGAACAGUCAACGUGUGGGACAUCAGGAGACACACGUCGCCCGUACGCACAAUAGACGCCGGGCCGCCGAGCGCCAACCAGGUGGCUUUGAGUCCGUCUGGGAAGAUGUUGGCGGUGGCGAGCAGCGACGGUUUGGUUCGGCUGGUGGACGUGGAUUCUUGCACAGUCAGCAACUUGUCCGGACACAGGGGCGGCGUGAACACUAUCACCUUUGACCACAAGGGGGAGACUGUCAUGUCAGCAGGUAGUGAUGGUCUCAUUAAUAUCUGCAUAUGACCAGUGGCAGGCCGUAGCGUUCCCACCUAGCCUUCAGUGAGUACCUCUCCAAAUACCACCAUUUAUGUCCCCACAUGACCAUUGCUGGAGAAAUACUAUACACAACACAUUUACACACUACUAGAGGAGAGCAAGGGAGAGCGAGACAUAAAGAACUCUUCCACAACUAUAUAACUUUUGGGAAAAAGAAGAGGGUUUGGGGCAAAGCCUGUCUCCUGGGAGGGGAGAGAGAAGAGCAAUACACACUUAUCUGAAUGUGAUAAUUAGCCAUACCAAAAAAAUACAUGAAAUAUGAACCAUGUAACACACUGCAAAAAGUCAGUGUCAAAACAAGAAAAAACAAAACAAAAAUUAGGGGUAUUUUAUUUGAACUAAGCAAACAUUAUCUGCCAAUAGAACAAGAACAUUUUGCUUGUCAAGACUUUCCAAAACAAGUAAAAUUAGCUAACCUCAAUGAGCCCAAAAUACCUUAAAAUAAGUAUAUUCUCACUAAUAACAA